GUAAAAAACUAAUAUUAAAACACAUGAAAAAAAACAUAAACACCGAUAAACAUUUAUUUCCAGCAAUCUGUGGUGCGUUUAAAAAUGCUUUGUGACACAACAAACUCUUAAGUUUGACUUUCAUUUCUGAUUCAUUAAUUUUAUGAUAAAAUUCACAAAAACGGAGCAAAGAAACGUGCAGAGGAAGCGCUUCGUUGUGGCGUGUUAGUCUUAUGGAAGGAGGAAAAUCAACACUAAAAAGAGCAACAUUUUUUUUUUCAAAAACAUUCCUGCAAACGUGUCGAAGCGAAUAAUGUCGCAGUAGAUUUGAAAAACAAAAUAAAGACAAAUAAAACCUUGGCUGCUCAUUUGAUCCAUGACUCCAUACAACGAAACUGAUUUUAAAUGACAGCAAUGCAUUUAUCAUACGUGUACUUGAAUGUAUCCUGAAGUAUUAACGAAGCGUAAACAGACUGAACGAAACAAAUAUUUAAAGUGUCUCACAAAUAAACAUUUCCAAUAGACUUCGUGACAUGCAGCCGCGCGGCGCGACCACCACACGAGGUUAGACUUCGGACGGUGUUAAACUGUAGCCAAGCGCAGGGUGUCCGUUCAGCGUUGUCGGUAGCUUCACUGUCCGUAGUCAGUAAACCUCUUAAAUACAGGAUCACAUUUUCUUUUCUCAACGUGAAUCAAUAAAAUAAAUGAUGCUUACCUUCCAGGCUGAUGAGAGAGAUUACAGUCACGGAUCAUCUUUAUUUUGGGCAAAUAGCAAUAAGCACAGAUUUAAUCUAGUCUGUAAUUAGCAGAACAAACACAUGCUUCUAACGAACAUGUCGCCAGAUGGUGCGGAAUAUUUUUUAAGAAAUAUACAGACGUUUAUUGGAAGGGAUUGAAAAUGUUUCUUCAUUUUAGUGCUAUCACUUAAUUCUUUUUCGUGUCCUUUCUGACAGCACAUCACCCUACGGUACAGCUGAAUAGAUGCAAUAAUAACAUCGGCUAUUGUUUUAAAUCUAUAAAAUUCUUUCCAUUUUGAGAUGCACAGCAUCGAUUUUAGCUGUCCGGGAACUCCCUCCAGAUUCUUAACACUUGAUAUUUGGAAGAAGAACUCAGGUGGACACAGUUGAAAAAAGAAGCAAGCCAAUCAGAUUGCUCCUUCCCCCUUUGGCCAAUGACAGACGCCACAUUGUUGUCAAAUUUGUCUAAUGAAAACGUAGGAGCAACAAUAGAGAGGGGAGAGAGGGAUCUGUAUCCACUGACAAUCUCUGGAGGAAGUUAGUGUCUCAGGCUGCGGCGAGUAACAACCUCGACUCCUCCUGGACAGUCUGAACUUUCUUUCGGGGAGGAAUGAUCGCUCCUCCAGGCUCCCGAUCUUCUCGGAUUUAAAGUCGACUGUAUCUUCACAUUUCCGCUUCUUCGACAGACUCCUUGAAUAAUUUCGAUUAGGUGUUUCGAUCACAGAUUUGUUUUUGUUUAUUUGUGUUGUUUAUUUAUUAUUUUUUUGCGUGUUAACCUCGUCAGUACGCUUUACCUGUUGCCCCGAGAUGUUGAACACCGCUGAGCAGAUGUGAACGGCUCAGUGAUAGUUUAACUCACACCCGUCGUCCAGAACACCGCUGUCUUGUCUGUAGUUUAAUUGUAUCAGUGAGGAGAACGGGCAUGGAUCUGAGACCGGAGCUCCCCACAGUCUCCUCUGCCUCACAAGUCCACCCAGGAGCGGCAGCAGCGGCCGCGGCAGCCUCCAUCCCGGUGUCCAUGGCCGGAAACCUGCUGCGCGGCCCUCCGCUCCUCCUGCGCGCCGCGGACAAGUACCCGCGCACCCCGAAGUGUGCCCGCUGCCGGAACCACGGCGUGGUCUCCGCGCUGAAAGGCCACAAGCGCUACUGCCGCUGGAAGGACUGUAUGUGCGCUAAGUGCACCCUGAUCGCCGAGAGGCAGCGAGUGAUGGCGGCGCAGGUGGCUCUGCGGAGGCAGCAGGCGCAGGAGGAGAACGAAGCCCGGGAGCUGCAGCUGCUCUACGGCACAGCGGAGGGGCUCGCACUGGCCGCCGCCAACGGCAUCAUCCCACCGCGUCCGAGUUACGAGGUGUUCAGCUCCGUCAGCGGCGAGAGCAACUCAGAUUCAAGUAUCCAGAAGUAUGAGCUGUUUCCAAAGAACCAGCUGUCCGGAUCCGCCACCCCUCAGCAGACUGUGGGGAAACCGGCGUCCACCGAAGGUGACUCGGCCCCGGGCAUCUCGUCCCCAGACGGCCGACACGGAGGCUCGGGUUCAGAGAACGGAGACAGCGAGUCUUUCAUCAACUCGCCGGUCUCCAAGCCUUUAAAAGACGGAGGGGAAACUCCCGGUUCCGUCAGCUCCCUCGGCUCUGACUCCGGCUCUGAGACCGACAAAGACGAGCAGGAGCCCUCCCCGUCCUCUGCGGCCUCCCGGCACAUGAACGCCAUCGACAUCCUGACCCGAGUGUUCCCCAGCCACAAGCGGAGCGUCCUGGAGCUCGUCCUGCAAGGCUGCGGUAAGGACGUGGUGCAGGCCAUCGAGCAGAUCCUCAACAACAGCGGCGCUCAGGGCUCCAACAAGGCCGGACCGGAUGAGACGUGGACGGCUGAGAGGAUGCUUCAAAACGCACAGCAGCCUCCGCCGUCCUCCGCAUCCACAACCGCCCCGACGAGGCCCAUGUUACCCGGAGCCAUGACGCUCAGUAACCGCUCUGCGUUUUCUCCUCUCCAGCCAAACGCCCCGCAUUUCGGCACCGACCCCAGCACCUAUCCUCUGGGCACCCACCUGGGACUGAACCCGCUGCGGCUGGCCUACUCUGCGCACAGCCGGGGACUGGCCUUCAUGACGCCCUACUCCACCACGGGGCUGAUGCCCACUCUGGGCUUCAGACCCCCGAUGGACUAUGCCUUUAGCGACCUGAUAAGGGACAGGACAAUGUUACACAAGGAGCAGGGCUACGCCAGCGGCCUGUAUGGGCCUUUGGUCAACAACACGCCGGAAAAACAGUGAGGCUGGCGGACUGACCACAGAGACACAUUCCAUUGUAUUUGUAGCCACAAGUGUUGAAUAUCCUGGCGAAAAUCUGUGAUGUGUUUUGAUUACAGGCUGCUGUACAUAAUAGGAUUAUCUGGCUUGUAGUCAAAUGGUCUGAGAGGGGGGGGAAAAACCUAAACUCACCUGUGUGUAAUUUUCAUAAAUGAUUUUAUAUGUUUCAGUACAAACGUUUGGAUGACAUUCGCCAAGGCUGAUCCUGAUUAUUACCAUCAGUGACAUAAAGUGAAGCUGAGAAGAUAUUUAUAGACAAAAUAAAUCAAGAUCAAGCUGGGAAAGGAAAAGAUCGCACCCAGUUGCUUAAAGUACACACAAGUUCUUUUAAAUGCUGAAUUUUUUAAUGUCAGGUGUGCAGGAUUUAACAUAAAGUAAGGAAGAAAUGAUUUAUCCCAGAGUUAUCAAAUUGCUGGUUGGUGAAACUGAAGUGCAUAUAAUUUUUUGAAAUCAGACUUUAAAUAUGCGUUUCUCUCACACACAUGGAACACUGAAUGAGGGAACAUUAAGUUAUUAUAACAUGUAGUUUACGGAUGUUAACACUAUUUCCUGAUGUAAAAGCUGAACUAAUGAUGUAUAAAUGCCAUCCCUUUUUCUUUCUUAUGUAUUAUUUCACUUAUCUGACGCUUUUGGUUUUAGUUCGUUUCCACCUGCCUGUAUUAUAUAUUGCAUUUGGUAAUAUGAAAUGCUAUGCUAUAUUUGACUUUUCAUUUACCCGUUAGUCAGCUCAAAUAUUCUGUGACAAAGUGCUGGAUUCAAGUCAGUUCCUCUUAAAAUGUUACAAGCUGUGCUGUCACAUUGUAUGAAUAUGCUGGAAAUAAAUGUUAUUUUAAAGAAAGUGGACAAGUUU